AAAUAUGUGAAAAGUUGCUUAAAAGUAAAAAACUUAUUGGUUGAUGAUUAGUAAUUGUUUUUAGAUAAAAGUGUAUAUAAUUUAUUUUUUAAAAGCUGCGUAAUAAUCCGUAAAAUAUGUUAACUUUACGUGACAGACAAAUAAAUGCUAUAAAGCAGAUGCUCAAUCUGAAUACGCAGCAGCCGAAAAUGUUAGCUGCAGAGCCAGUAUGGAAAAUAUUAAUCUUUGAUCGGGUUGGACAGGACAUCAUUUCGCCUAUAAUUUCCAUUAAAGAGUUACGCGAACUAGGCGUGACCUUACAUGUACAACUACAUUCCGACCGUGACUCUAUACCAGAUGUGCCUGCCGUUUACUUUUGCUUGCCAACCGAUGAAAAUUUGGAUCGUAUUCAGCAGGAUUUUGGUAACGGGUUGUACGAUGUUUACCAUUUGAAUUUUUUGGCGCCCAUAACGCGACAAAAAAUUGAAGAUUUGGCUGCAGCCGCACUGCAAGCCGGUUGUGUGGCUAACAUACAUCGUGUAUACGAUCAAUAUGUGAACUUUAUCAGUUUAGAAGAUGACUUUUUCAUAUUGAAACACCAGAAGAGUGAGCAAUUGUCCUAUUAUUCCAUAAAUCGUGCAAAUACGCGCGAUGAGGAAAUGGAGGCAUUAAUGGACUCUAUAGUAGAUUCACUAUUUGCCGUAUUUGUCACAUUAGGCAACGUGCCAAUUAUACGUUGUCCGCGUAAUAGCGCAGCAGAGAUGGUGGCACGUAAAUUGGAGAAGAAAUUGCGUGAGAACCUAUGGGAUUCGCGCUCCAAUCUUUUUCACAUGGAUGCCACGCAAGCCGGUGGUGGUGUAUUUAGUUUCCAACGUCCCGUGCUGUUGUUGUUGGAUAGAAAUUUAGAUUUAGCCACACCAUUACAUCACACAUGGUCUUAUCAAGCGUUGGUGCACGAUGUACUAGAAUUGGGACUAAAUUUAGUUUACGUCGAGGAUGACAGUGCAACAAACACGGGUACACGUAAGAAACCAAAAGCUUGCGAUCUUGAUCGCAAUGAUCGAUUUUGGGUGACGCACAAAGGCAGUCCUUUCCCUACAGUGGCCGAAGCCAUACAAGAAGAAUUAGAGUCCUAUCGCAAUUCAGAGGACGAAAUCAAACGCCUGAAAACAUCUAUGGGCAUUGAUGGUGAAACUGAAGUGGCAUUCUCCAUGGUUAACGAUACCACGGCACGUCUCACCAACGCUGUCAAUUCAUUGCCACAAUUGAUGGAAAAGAAGCGUCUCAUUGAUAUGCACACAAAAAUCGCCACCGCAAUCUUAAACUAUAUAAAAGCGCGUCGUUUGGAUUCUUUCUUUGAGUUAGAGGAGAAAAUCAUGUCGAAACAAACGCUUGAUAGACCGUUACUGGAAUUGCUGAAAGAUCCUGAAUUCGGCUUACCCGAAGAUAAGUUGCGACUGUUCAUCAUCUAUUAUAUAUGUGCGCAAAAUGUACCCGAAUUUGAAAUUGAACGCAUGAAGGAAGCGCUACAAGAGGCCGGCUGUGAUCUUUCGCCACUUGCAUAUGUACAGCGUUGGAAGGGUAUUAUGAAUCGCUCACCGGCACUCAGUCAAGCUGCGCAAUACGAGGGCGGUGGUACACGUACCGUUUCUAUGUUCUCGAAAUUGGUAUCGCAAGGCUCAUCAUUUGUGAUGGAGGGUGUCAAGAAUUUGGUCGUCAAAAGACAUAGUCUGCCGGUAACGAAAAUCACCGAACAGGUGAUGGAAUGUCGCAGCAAUUCGGAAACCGAUGAUUAUCUUUAUUUGGAUCCCAAACUCUUAAAAGGCGGCGAUGUCUUACCAAAGAAUCGUGCACCAUUCCAAGAUGCGGUCGUCUUCAUCGUAGGCGGUGGCAAUUAUAUUGAAUACCAAAAUUUGGUGGACUACAUCAAACAAAAGCAAACGGCUAAUGUCAAUAAGCGCAUCAUCUAUGGCGCAUCGACGCUGAGCAAUGCGAAACUUUUCCUCAAAGAGCUAUCGGCAUUGGGGAGAGAAAUACAGGCGCCAGUCUUGAGUUAGGAACGGCAAAGCAGAUACAGGGUACACGCCAAAUUGAAAUGCUGUUGAACGGUAAAAAACGGAAAAAGGAGUGUAGUGUUGAUCAUUUUUCUAAUUUCUCACUUUGUUUUUGUUUUUGCAUCAACGAAUAAAUUGCACAUAUUGUAGUGCUGGCAGCGUCUUAUGACCAUCACACUGCUCUUUCAGUGCUGUAGCACCUUUUUA